AUGGAAUCGUCGCUGUUCGAAGACCUUGUUUGUUUCUUGCAGAAAGAAGAGCUGGUGUUGAAGGCUUUGCGUGCCACGAAUUUGAAAGCAUGCUUGCGGACAGGGACAGGCACCAAAGGAUACGAAGCAAAUGCAGAGCGAGCCAAGUAUUAUAGAAUUUACAAUAAGAUUGAGAAGUCAGUAACGGCUGACCAAAAAGCUACUCUAAUGGAUUGGGAACGAAGGCUUUGCAGUGAGGCGGAGGACAUUGAUUUUGCACGGUUGCUUGCCAUUUUUGCAAGCCGUGAAGAGGAGCUGAAGCAAAUGAGAAAACCGAGCCUCGAAGCAUGCUUCAACAGCAACCUGAGCAAUACAGACAAGGUUGUGGAUGAAUGGGAGGAGAAGAUUUGUGGCGAUGGUGCGGGGUUAUGUCCUGCCAUCGAUGCAGAUUUCACGCGUUUGCUGACUAUACUGGAAAACCGCGAAGAUGACUUGCGACAAAUGCGAAAAACAAGUCUCGAAGCAUGCUUCAACAGCAACUUGAGGAAUACAGACAAGGACUUACAGUUUUGCCGAGAUUUCUUGAGGCGCAAAAAAACAAGUUGGACAGAUGAACAGCAAAAGGUUGUGGAUGAAUGGGAGGAGAAGAUUUGUGCCGAUGGUGCGGGGUUGUGUCCUGCCAUCGAUGCAGAUUUCACGCGCUUGCUUACUAUACUGGAAAACCGUGAAGAUGACUUGCGACAAAUGCGAAAAACAAGUCUCGAAGCAUGUUUCAACAGCAGCCUGAGCAAUACAGACAAGGACUUAAAGUUUUGCCGAAAUUUCUUCAAACGCAAAAAAACAAGUAUGACAGAUGAACAGCAAAAGGUUGUGGAUGAAUGGGAGGAGAUCAUUUGUGCCGAUGGUGCGGGGUUAUGUCCCGCCAUCGAUGCAGAUUUCGCACGCUUGCUUACUAUACUGGAAAACCGUCAAGAUGACUUGCGACAAAUGCGAAAAACAAGUCUCGAAGCAUGUUUCCAGACACGUGUCAGCAAUGCAGACAAUGAUCUAGGUUUUGGACGGAACUUUUUCCGCCGGCGGAAAUAUAUGUUGACGGAUGAGCAGCGCAAGGUUCUUGAGGACUGGUCUUCCAAGAUUUGUUCCCAUGAGCAUGUUGAUGAUGGCUUUCGGCGCUUUCUUUCAACUUUGCAUGCUCGAGCACAGGACCUGGCGAAGUCUGACCUAAAGGCUGCGAAGCAGGGUGUGGCUGCCUUAAGUGCGUUGAGCGUGGCGUGCCACUUUCGCCAAAGCUUGCGGAAGCUGUCCUUGGCCUUUGUCGAGGAUGAGGUGCACGUUGCUCAGAUGUCCUUGGGCGUGCCAGGAAGUGGUGGUAGCGAUCGUUCAUGGAAUUGGCCGGAGAUGAAGGCCAUGUUUGGACUUCGGAAGCGUUACCAGCGACGCAUGGAGGAACGUGAAGAGGAGUUGCGCGAACGGGAGCUGCAAAGCCAUCCGCUGAGCGAGUUCCGCGUGGUGAAUCCCGGCGCGAUCAGCUCGCACAAACUGCUGGGUGACGUCCCACUGACGGUGGGCGAUGUAGUGCUUCCCAUCGAACUUCAUUCAGGCCUGUGGCUGGAGAUGACUACGGGAGCCACCUGCCCCAUGAUUUCGCACGAGGAGGACAGGGAUGAGAUGUUGCUGAGACCUACAAGCAACUACUGGCUAGCACGGGAGACGAUGCCCAUCUUCCCACACCCCGUGGAUUCGGAGGACGAGGAGGACUCAGGGACCCAGGUGGACUCAGAGACGACCUUCGUCUUCAAACCGGUGCAGCAGGAGAUGUUGGAAAGGGGCGAUCUCGUCCGCUCCUCUGAGGCCAAGUUGUACCCAGAGUUUGUGGCGGUGGAAGAGAAGGCUUCGGACUUCAUUCACAUCCGUACCUUGGAUGGGAAACUCAUCUUCACCGUUUCAUCGGAGGAUGACCUGUUGGACUUCCCGCUGAAGACGUUGAAACGAAAGGUCUUCGAACAUUUGAAGCUCAGCGAACUGGUGCAGUUGGAACUGGUUUGUGCUUCUGGAGGGUUGGAAGACUCGGAAAAGCUCUCAGCGUUGAAGGGACAAGGUAGCGGGCCCAUCGAAUUCUUCGUCACGGUGACGUUGGAACGAGGUCUCUUUGCGCCCUGGGUGCCGCUGUCCACGGGUGGCUUCGUGCGCUUCUACGACCGGACGCUGCAGCCGCUGCUGAAACCCAUCCGCUCGCCCUUUCUGCAGGAGGCGGUGAUGGACAUUGACCGUGGUCGUCUCUUCUUCGCGCCCGAAGAGUUUCCGCAGUUGGCCAAGUUGCAGAGGUAUUGGAAGGAGCUGCAAGAGGAAUACCUUCAGCUGUGGCAGACUCACCGCGAGAAGUUCAAGGUCUUCGAGGGACAGGUGGGCUGGUUGUCCUUUCCGCUGAAGCUCUGGGGCUUCGAAAUCCCCGAGCAUUUAAAGUGGGCACCGAAGGCUGCCGAAGCAAUGCAAAACUCUGGGGUGGAGGCGCUGACCACCUUCUGCUAUAGUGUCCUGGAACCAGGCUGCCACAUCCGACCGCAUCGAGAACAUGUGGGUACUUCCGGCGUCCGCGCCCACCUGGGUCUGCAGAUUCCUCUCAUGUGCGCCGUGCGCGUGGGCGCCAAUGCGCUCACGUGGCGCGAAGGGCAGUGGACUUUGUUCAAUGGCGACCGCAGCCACGAAGUGCUGAACGCCUCGUCGUCACCCCGCGCGGUGCUGUUGAUCGACUUCGGGGGGCCGGUGCUCCAACCGCGCCGUUGGCCCACCUGGAUUCGCGAGAGCAUGACGGAGGCCGGCGUGAUCUUCGACGAGGAUGACGCAGAUACCUCCACACCACCCGCAGUGCCCGGUGCUGUCUUGGCCGAAGGUAUACCUAGACAUGAAGCUGAUUCCGCCUGAACACAGUUGUGGCGAUGCCGUGGUUGACCCAUGUGGAUCUCACUGGCUAAGUUGAUCACCAUACAAGGUGGG